GCUCAUAUUUUUCAGCUCAGCUUCGCAGCCAGCUUCUCUCUUCAAUAUUAUGGGGGAAAGCUGGCAAUGUGGAAAAAACCUCUUCCUUCUCCUUCUGCUGUCUGUCCUCAGGACCACUGUAGCUGCUCCUGAACUGCGAUAUGUGGCGGUGGUACCCAGCACAAUCUACAUGGAGACCACUGAGAACUUCUGCAUCCAGAUAAGCAAUCUGAACGAAACAGUCAACUUGACUCUCUCGUUGGAAUCCGAGAUCCAGGAUUUGAUCCUGACUCAAGUGACGGUAAAAGAGGAAGAUGGAUUUCAGUGUGUUCCUUUCCAGAUUCCCAGGCAGAGCAAUAUUUCUCCCCCAUCAAAAGUCAUUCUCGAGUUGCAAGUAAAAUUCCUUUCCCACAGUUUCCUGGUUCGCAAAUAUGUGCAAAUUGAGAAACCAAAGCAUCUGGUUUUCAUCCAGACAGACAAACCAAUCUACAGAGCGGGACAAGAAGUUCGGUUUCGCAUCGUCUCCAUGGAUAAAGAUUUACGUCUCAGGAAGAAGAAGUUUCCAGUUGUGUACAUCGAGGAUCCCCAAAGAAACCGGGUGUUCCAGAGGAGAGAUGUGGAGGUUCCGUUAGGCAUAAGCCAGCUUUCCUAUUCUCUGUCUUCUGAUCCCCUCUUGGGCACCUACAAAGUGGUGGUAGAGGAAGACUCCACAAAAGUUGCAGAAUACAGCUUUGAUGCGGAAGAAUAUGUUCUGCCUAAAUUUGAGGUUUCGGUGAAGGCCCCGAAGCUCAUCACGGUUGAGACCAAGGAAAUAAAAGUCAGUGCGUGUGGCAGGUACACCUAUGCGAAACCAGUGCCUGGCCUGGUGAAACUGAGCCUCUGCCAGGAGACCAAAAGCAUACCUUUCCAGUGUAAUACUGAUGAAAAUCUGUGUAAAGAAUAUGAAGGCAAGGCAGAUGGAGACGGCUGUUUCACCAAGGUGGUGAACAUGGAGGAGUUCCACCUGAGGGGGCUCGGCUGUUCGAUGGACAUCACCGUAGAAGGCAAAAUCACAGAGGAAGGGACAGGAGUGGAGCUGAAUGCCACAGAAUCCAUUGCUGUCACAUCCACGUUGAGCAAAAUUAUCUUUGAAAACCCAGACCGUUACUAUAAACCCGGCAUGCCCUAUGUCGUGAAGGUGAAGCUGGUAGACAGCAACGAGGUGCCGAUCGACAAUGGAACAGUGGAGAUUUUGGUAACAGCAACUCAGCAGCGGCUCAAUCAAGUGACGGAUGCUGAGGGGAGAGCUGAAUUCUCGAUAGAAACCACUGAUAUCAGAAGCAACGCUUUGUCUUUUAGGGCUUCGUAUCGAUACAAACCUCAGUGUAAUAGCAUCCACUGGGUUACACCCUGUCACGGUACAGCAAGUCACACGGCAUACCUGUUUUAUUCUCCAAGCCAAAGUUAUCUACAUAUCGAACCUGUGCCAGAGACGUUAAGCUGCGGCCACCGGGAGCCGGUUCGGGUGCGUUACAUCCUUAACCGAGGUGAUGAGGAGGAGGACGAGAUUGUCUUCUAUUACAUGGUCAAAGCCAGGGAGAACAUCAUACGAACAGGGAGACACAGGCAGCCAGUGGAACAGGGAAAAGAAGCCAAAGGGGACUUUCUUUUGAAUCUCUUGGUGGAUGUCGACACUGCUCCCAAGAUCCAAUUGCUCAUCUACACCACUUUGCCCAGUGGAGAACUCGUUGCUGAUUCGAAAAACUUCAUCGUAGAAAAGUGCUUCUCCAAUAAGGCCAAACUGUGGUUCUCUGAUCAAGAAGGCCUGCCUGGCCAGAAAACCCAACUCCAUCUUUCAGCUUCCCCCGGUUCCCUCUGUGCCAUCCAUGCUGUUGACCAGAGUGUCUUUCUCUUGAAACCUGAAGCCGAGCUCUCCCCUGAGAAGGUUUACAAUCUCCUUCCCAAGAAGGAUUACGUCUUCUCUGUUGACCUCUUUGCGCAUGCAUUCAAUAUUUAUCCCUGUCCUGCAGAAAAACCAUCCAGGGGUGAAAGAAUUGGCCCCCCAGUGCAUUUUCUCCCUGAAGAUGGGGAUACUUACAAGAUAUUCAGGGUAAGCAUCAAAACUAUGAUUCCCCACAUGGGAGAUGCUCUCAUUAGGCAAGGAGAAGACUUCGGCGUGGACAUUUUUACCAACACCAGACUAUCCAUCCCGCGUUUCUGCUCCGUCAUCGCGAUGCCAUUUAAAGCUGAAGCUUUACCACCACUUGAAGAGUCUAUUCAAGACGAUUACAUUCUCAUGGAAGGCCCUGGAGUUGCUUUUGAUGUUGGUGGUACACUUCAUGGGCUUCCCGCUCCUCAGGUUGAGGCUGCCCCUAAAAGGACACCUCGGCGCUUCUUUCCUGAAACGUGGAUAUGGGACCUGGUUAUUAUAAAUGGUUCUCAAGGAAACAGCCAUUCUCAAGUCCAUCGUUCAAGUAGAAAGAAUGAUGUAUCUGAAGAACCCAAAGAGAUUGCUCUUCCUGUGACCAUCCCAGACACCAUCACCGAAUGGAAAGCUGGAGCUUUCUGCCUUUCUGCAGACACAGGUUUUGGCUUGGCCCAGCCCACUUUUAUGAAGGGCUUCCAGCCGUUCUUCAUUGAACUCACCUUGCCUUACUCCGUGGUGAGAGGAGAAGCCUUCCCACUCAAGGCCACCGUCUUCUCCUACCAGACUCACUGCAUCCGGGUCAGAAUAUCUCUGACUCCUUCUGCUGACUUUGAAGCAUCUCCUAUGGAGAGGGAGGAGGACUCCUAUUGUAUCUGUGCAAACGGAAGAAAAACGGUGUCAUGGAUGAUGACCCCUAAAAUUCUAGGGGAGAUAAACCUCACAGCAAGUGCAGAGGCUGUGACCUCAAAUCAGCUCUGCGGGAAUGAAGUAGUGGAGGUGCCCACCAUUGGAAACAAAGACGUCGUGAUCAAGUCAUUAUUAGUUGAGCCUGAAGGGAUUGAGAAAGAAGUGGUGUUCAGCUCUCUUCUCUGUGCACCUGGAGAACCCGAGUCCAAAUCUUUUCCUCUGACGUUACCGGAGAAUGUUGUAGAAGGCUCAGCCAAGGCCUCGAUUUGUGUGCUGGGAGAUAUUUUAGGAGGAGCGAUCAAGAAUCUCCAUCAGCUUCUCAAGAUGCCCUACGGCUGUGGGGAGCAGAACAUGGCCCUCUUUGCCCCCAAUAUCUACAUCCUGAACUAUCUCAAUAAGACUGGACAACUGACCGAGGAGAUCGAAUCCAAGGUCGUUGGAUACUUAGAGGCUGGCUAUCGAAGGCAAAUGAACUUCAAGCAUCGCGAUGGUUCUUACAGCGCUUUUAGAAAACAUUUCUUAGAGGCAGGGAACACUUGGUUAACGGCUUUCGUGCUGAAAUCUUUUGCUCGGGCGAGAUCCAUAAUCUUUGUGGAAGAUGAGGUCAUCAACGACGCUCAGAACUUCUUGACACGGCAGCAGGAGAAUAAUGGAUGUUUUCGGAGCACUGGGUCUCUUUUUCACAAUGACCUCAAGGGGGGAGUUGAUGACCAGGCCACUCUUUCAACUUACAUCACCAUUGCUUUGCUGGAAGUGCCGCUACCGCCCACCGAUUCUGUGGUGCAAAAAGCUUUAGUUUGCUUGGAGAAGGUGACUGAAGCAAAAGAGAUCCACAUUUAUCUCCGGGCUCUGCUGGCGUAUGCUUUUGCUUUGGCGGGGAGAGAGGAGAAGAGGCAAGAAAUGUUGGACUCUCUUCUAAAAGUAGCUGUGAAAGACGAGGAUGGUUCCAUCCACUGGGAAAGGUCCUGGAAGCCAAAGCAGAGGUCUGAUUUUCCACUCUCCGCACGUGCUCCCUCUGCUGAAGUAGAGUUGACCUCCUACGUGCUCCUUGCUUUACUGAUCAAAAGACUGUCCCUGUCUGAAGAAGAAUUAACGGCAGCAGCUGCCAUUGUCAAAUGGUUGAUCAAACAACAGAAUUCCAAUGGAGGAUACGCCUCUACACAGGAUACAGUGGUGGCUCUCCAGGCCCUCUCCCAAUACAAGACAGUUACUUAUUCCAAGGAUGGCAUCGAUGCCAGAGCGACCUUGAGUUCAGGAGAUGCUGUCCUGGCAGAAUUCCAUGUGGACAGCGGCAACUCUCUGCUACUGCAGUGCCAGGAUCUGCCCCAAGUACCAGGGAACUACAAGGCUGAGGUGACUGGUUGCAUCUUUAUACAGACUGCCUUGAAAUAUAAUGUCCCUUUGAAGCAAGAAGAUGCACCAUUUAGGCUGGAUGUGCGCACCGUUCGUGAGACUUGCACAGGAAACAAAGCUCCCGUCACUUUUGACAUUACCAUGAAUCUCAGUUACACUGGUCAACGUCCGGUUUCCAAUAUGGCAAUUGUCCAGAUUAAGAUGCUGUCUGGAUACAUCCCAGUGAAAUCCAGUGUAAAAAAGCUGGAAAAGCAAGGUCAGAUCAAGAGGACUGAAGUGAACAUCAAUUAUGUCCUGCUAUAUUUGGAGGAGGUACGCAACACAAUCCAGUCUUUCUACUUUACAGUGGAACAGGAGACACCCGUCCGGGGCUUAAAGCCUGCCUUGGUGAAAGUCUAUGAUUACUAUGAAACUGAUGAAUUUGCAACAGCUGAGUACACUGCCCCCUGCAGUUCAGAUGAUACCAAGGAAGUCUAUAACACAUAAGGAUUCAGCCCGUGUUUUCUGGAAUAGCACAUGCUUGGAAAGAAUGAAUCUCCUGGAAAC